AUGAUCAGUGUAGCCCCAGCAGUGCCACCUGUCAGUGUCCAUCAAUUGCACAUCAAUGCCACAUAUCAGUGCCCAUCUGAGCUGCCUUUCAGUGCCACCUAUCAAUGCCAGUCAGCGCCACCUAUCAGUGCUGCCAGUCAGUGUGCCGCCUAUCAGUGCCAUCAGUGCCGCCUAACAGUCUCAGUCAGUGCUGCUUAUCAGUGCCGCCUAUCAGUGCCAUAUAUGAGUACUGCCUUUCAGUGCCCAUCACUGACACCUAUCAGUGCCCAUCAGUGCAGCCUAUCAGUGCCCAUC